AUGGCAGUCGCUCCGGAAAACGCGGCCAUGCCGGCGAUCAAAGACUCCAAGGACCAGCCAAAUGAGACUGUUGCCUCGUACACAGAGUCUCAUGAAACCGAUGAGAUUGCCCAGGUUGGGCGCAGGACCAGCGUGCUAAACGUUGUCGUCUCGGGGAUGGCGCUGUUCAGUGAUGGCUACAAUGCCCAGAUCAUCGGAUAUAUGGAGCCAUUCUUUUCGGUCCUAUACGGCAAUGCCAUGUCAUCCACUAUCAAAUCUCGUCUGUCUAACUCGUAUCUCAUUGGUGAGAUUUUUGGAAUGCUCUUCUUUGGUGUAUUGAUUGACCGACUGGGACGUCGGACUGGCAUUGUCGCUGCUACAGCCUUUUUGGUGCUGGGAGUUGUGCUAGCAACCGCCGCUCAUGGAAGGUCCAACUUGGGUAUGUUUUGGAUGAUGAUUGUCGCUCGUGGAGUCGCCGGUUUUGGUGCCGGCGGCGAAUAUCCCGUCUGCGCAACCAAUGCCACAGAGGCCAGCGACGAGACGUCCAAGUUGAGGAAGAAUCGCGGUUUUCUAGUAGCCUUAACGACAGAUUUCUCGGUAGACCUGGGCUUCGUCGCUGCCGGUAUCGUCGCCUUGAUCGUCCUUGCAUGCUAUCAUCAACACAGCUCGGAAGGCGUCUGGAGAGUGUGCUUCGGACUUGGCUUUGUGCUUCCAGUAGCUAUCUGCUUCUUCCGCCUUCGCAUGAUUGAUUCCACCCAGUAUCGAAAGCACAGUAUCAAGUCUCAGUACCCGUACUGGCUGAUUUUAAAGCGCUAUUGGAGGCCCAUGCUGGGAACAUGCCUCGCGUGGUUCUGCUACGACUUUGUCUCGUACCCAUUUGGGCUAUUCUCUUCCACAAUUAUCUCGCAGUUGAACUCCAGCAAUACCACUGUUCAAAAUAUAGGAUACGGCACGGUGAUAAACUGCUUUUAUCUUCCCGGCUGUCUCCUGGGUGGCCUCCUCAUGGACCGCAUCGGCCGAAAACAGACCAUGACCCUCGGUUUCUUUCUCUGGGCCAUCUGGGGCUUUAUUCUAGGCGGCGCCCUGCAUCCCAUCCAGACGGUUUUCCCGCUCUUCGUCGUAAUGUACGGAAUCUUCAACGCCCUCGGCGAAAUGGGACCAGGCGUUGCCACCUUUUUGUGCGCCGCGGAAUCCUUCCCUACCCCUCUACGCGGUCAUUUUCUCGGCUGGGCUGCAGCAGUUGGUAAAGCCGGUGCAUCGAUUGGGACAGAAGUCUUCACGCCGAUUCAGAAUUCGUUUGACUCGGACGAAAAGGGCCAGCAGGCUGUUUUCCUGAUUGGAUCGGCGUUUACGGUUGUUGGAGGCUUGAUUUCGUGGUAUUUUAUUCCGGAUAUGUCGCGAGAGUUGGAAACUGAGGAUGUGCGGUUCAAGGCGUAUUUGGAGGAGAAUGGGUAUACAUAUCAGGAUGGAGUGCUUGUGUCGAAAAAGAAUGUACCGGGUGAAGAACAAAAGUGA